AAAAAGAACUGGUUGAGUUGGCGAUUGAUCGGGCCUCAUCUGUGUACUCUCGCUGUGGCUGUGAGCUAUAAUAGCAUUUGGCGUACACCGAGAGAGGCGUUCCGAUAUGGCGGCCUGCAACUCUUGUUGUUGUUCACAAUUGCCUCAGUGGUUGUAGUUCUUCCCGUUGUUCUUUUACAACUAGCCGUAGGGCAGCUAAGCCAGCAAGAUUCUGUAGGAGUUUGGAGGGCAGUUCCUUUCUUUAAAGGGGUUGGAUUCCUACGGUUGUUAAUAUCGUUGCUGUGCUCUAUAUAUACAUCACUGUACACAGCUAUAUGCAUUACAUAUACUUUUUACACUAUAAGUCAAUCAAUACCAUUUUGGGAUUGUGUUGAGGUGUCAGAGGUGCCGCCGGACAUUAUCGGAGAUAGGUGGCUCAUCGUAAAGAGCGCUGGUGCAGUACACUCCCACGAAAAUUACAAGCUGCAGGGUGACGAAUUACAAUAUACAUAUAACGCGACGGCUUGUCUAAAUGAGACGAUCUUGGCGCCCGUCAGUGGACAGCCCGAGUAUUACGUAGCGCUAGUGUUUAUUGUUAUUGUACUGUGGGUACUGUUUCCUUUUAUUCUCUUCAACCCUGUAAAACAGAUGAAAAAGAUACUGUACGUGCUUGGUCCUUUACUAGUCUUAAUAUGGAUUAUAAUAAUAUCUGCUAUUGGCGACAAAAACGAUGUCACAUCGUUUAGUAGGAGCAAGGAUUGGGUGAAUUUUAUACGACCAAACGUAUGGCACGGCGCUCUCGUACAAGCUCUGCUGUCAUCACAGACAGCUGGAGGAUUUCUUAUUUCUUCAGGCGAUACGAUAUAUGCAAAUACUGACGUUCAAUGGACCGCGCUCAUACUUGUGGGAGUAAAUAUUUUGGCGUGUUGGGUAGGAGCGCUGUUCUGGUUCGCAAUAAGUGGCGGCGAUGAAAAACUUACCGGGAGUCUCGCUGUGCUUAUGCAAAUGUACAAAGUGGCCGUCGAGAAGAAUCUUAACAUAGCUUGGCCACUCCUCUGUUUCUUCAUGUUGACGCUAUCAGGAAUUGUAACUAUGCUAUUAUGUUUACUCCCGCUGUACGACCGGUUCCGGCGCGUGGGCGGCUACAAGUGGCGGCGCUUGUCGAUGGGCAGUUCGGUCUUGGGCGCGGCGGGAGCGAUUGCCGCGGUAGUGGUGGGUCCGCAAGCUCUUGCCGUGCUCGAGGACAUCGCGGUACCUUUUUUAUUGAGCGCUGCCGCUGUCCUAGAGGUGUCUGCGUUUGUUUUUAUUUAUGGCUGGAAAGUACUUGUGGAAGACGUCGAGUUUCUAAUAGGCGGCAAACUAAAAAAGGUGUGGGUGAUGGGUUGGUGUGCAGUUCCCGGCAUAAUUACUCCCAUUACUCUGUGGUGGUCCAUAGUCUGGUUCAUAGAGAGGCAGGAUUGGACUGAGGCACCUUGGGAGCCCGCAAUUGUGGUUGCUAGUUUCUGCACAAUUUUUAUACUGCUGUUUACCUUGGCCACUAUAUCAGUUGUGCAGCAAGUUCAGUAUGAUUUCUUCGGGAAACUGAAGUCAUCGUUUAAGCCGUCAAGACAUUGGGGGCCUCGGGAUCCUAUUACUCACCAUUACUGGCUAGCGAGGCGGGACGCAGGCGGUCAAAGUGCACCUCCAGUGAGAUAUACCCACAGACAGUUUGGGCAGUUCUUGGGAAAUUCGAAUUUUGCUGAUGUGUCACGUUCAAAGUAUAUUAAAGAAGUGUCAGAAGUGAAAAAUAAGCAGAGGUCGAACUCAGACGAUUGGAUAUUCGUAUGUAGGAAGCAAGAUGUUGCUAUAAUAUGCAAAGAAAAAUAUAAAUGCAGAAAACGUUCGAAAUCUCUGGACUGGGCUAUGCCACUGAGAGAAAAUAUGCGAAAAAAAUACGUUAAGAAAAAAAACGGAAAAUUCGUAAAAAAAUUACCAAGUGACUCGAUAAGUUCAUUCACACAGGAGAAAAACAAUAACAUUUUUGAUGUUGAAAAUAACCUUGUGUGAUUUGUUGAGAUUAGAUUAUGUAUGAAGUAUGCUUACGAGGUCUAGUCACGUUUUCAAAUACUGAGUACUGACUUGUGUAACGAUACUGGCCGUUUAAUGGCGUCUUUUUAAACUUAGAUCCAUGAACAUAUUUGUAAAAUUUAAUUUAAUAUACAUGUUUCUAUUUUAA